UCCAUCCAAUUUAUCGGCUUCUUCAUCACACUUCACAUUCUCUUUUCUCGUGAUCACAUGAAGCUGACUUUUGGUCAGAAACUCAGAAUUCACAUAGGUACUCUUUUCCUCACUGGUAAACUCAGUUUUAUAACCAACCUUGGCCUCUACUUCAUUCACACACAUCCUUGUUGUUUUGAUUUUAUCAUAUUGGUAGUCUUGUCUUGUUCCCUCUUCUCUGUUUUUUUUUGUUACGCUCAAUCCGAUGGCUAAGGAGCUUGCUGAUAAGGCUAAAGAGGCUUUCAUAGACGAUGAGUUCGAUGUUGCUGUUGACUUGUACUCCAAAGCCAUUGACUUGGAACCCAAUUGUGCUGAUUUCUUCGCUGAUCAUGCUCAGGCCUAUAUCAAACUCCUAAGCUUCACUGAGGCCGUGGCAGAUGCAAACAAAGCAAUUGAGUUGGAUCCUACACUGACCAAAGCUUACUUAAGAAAAGGAACUGCUUGUAUGAAGCUUGAGGAGUAUCGGACUGCGAAAACAGCUCUUGAAAAGGGUGCUUCCAUCGCACCUAGUGACUCCAAAUUUAAGAAGUUGAUAGAUGAAUGUGUUCUGCGAAUCAAUGCUUAAUUAAGCUUACAUCAUCAUGUUUACCCUGUUUUUGUCCUUGUCCUCU